CUCUUCCCUUCCCCGCCGCAGCCUUCCUUUCCGGGUUCGGGGCGCAUGCGCGGAAGAGCAGGGAAGCGGCAGCAUGGCCUCUCAGGCUAAGCGGAGGCGAGAGGAUGGGCCGCCGGAUUGCCGGGAGGAGGGCGCCGAUGGGGACGACUCUGAGUCGGAGGAAGAGGAGGAUAAAGACGACGACGAAGAAGAAGAGGAGGAAACAGAAGAAGAGGAGCUCAGCGAGGAAGUGAAUGUUGAAUUUGAAGCACAUUCAAUAUCAGAUAAUGAUUAUAAUGGAAUAAAAAAAUUACUACAACAGCUUUUUCUAAAGGCUCCUGUUAACACAGCUGAGCUAACUGAUAUAUUGAUACAACAAAAUCACGUUGGGAGUGUUAUCAAGCAAGCCGAAGAUUUUGAAGAAAGUGACGAUGAAGAUGAUGCUGAUGAGGUUUUUGGCUUUAUAAGCCUCUUAAACUUAACUGAAAGGAAGGGUACCCAGUGUGCUGAACAAAUUAAAGAGCUGAUUUUAAGCCAGUGUGAGAAGAACUGUGAGCAGAGUAUGGUUGAACAGCUGGAUGAGCUCCUAAGUGACACCACCAAGCCUAUAGGCUUCCUGCUUAGUGAAAGAUUCAUUAAUGUACCUCCGCAGAUCGCUCUGCCCAUGCACCAGCAACUGCAGAAAGAACUGACAGAAGCACAGAGGACAAACAAACCCUGUGGAAAAUGCUACUUCUAUCUUCUUAUUAGCAAGACAUUUAUUGAUGCAAAGAGUAAUGCUAGAAAAAAGGGAAGCAGUGCACAAAAGAAAGAAGAACUUAUGUUUUCAAAUGCUGAAGAAGAAUUCUUUUACGAAAAUUCACUUCUGAAGUUUAGCUACUCUGUACAAGAGGAGAGUGACAUGUGUUUGGGAGGCAGAUGGUCUUUUGAAGACACACCCAUGAAACCUUUGAGAACUGUGAUGAUAAUCCCUGCUGACAGGAUAAACAGCAUCAUGGAUAAACUCAAAGAAUAUCUUUCUGUCUGAACCACUGUCUUCUAACAAUGGCUUUGUGAUGUCACCCCGCAAGAGUUCUUUGACUUAAAUAUUUUCUAGGUUUUUUCCUAUGAUAUCAAUUCUAUGUUAUUUCAGGAUCUCCUUCGUAUUCUAGUCAAAACUGUCAGCCAUGCAGUUAGUUACCUACAACAUUCUUAUGUACCAUUAUGAGAUGGCAUUUAAAAUAUCUGAUUACAAGUGCAAUAAAGUCAUCGUUAAAAAUAGAUGAAUACCUUUUCACCAGUUACAGAUAGGUUGUUUCACAUUGUGAAACAUGAUGAUAAACUGUUAUUACCACUUUGUUCAACUGUAAAAUACCUGUACA